AUGGAUGAUUUCACAUUUAGUAGCCAUCUAUCUUUUUCAACAUCUGAUGGCCAAUAUGCUAUAGUCUACGUGAAUGAAAGUAUUGACAGAACUUAUGGAGAUACAAUAUAUUCAAUUUAUGUACAUUUUAUAAAUGAUGAUCAAGAUCAAACUUCUGAAGAACAUUUGCUUUUUCAAGGUUCAUCAGAUAAUUCAGUAACCGCUAUUCAAACAAUCCAUCGUGAUGUCAUUUCGACUAAUUUUAGUUUCGAACAUAUUUCGUCCUUUCCAUUACUAUAUGGAGGCUUCACUUCAAUCGAUCAGAUAGGUUUAUCUUCCCAAGUUAAUGUUUAUAAUUUCAAUUAUACAAGUAGUUACAAACUGUUUGAACUUCUUAACGAAACCAUAGUAGAUUAUGGUAUUUAUAGCAAUAAUACUUUAUGGCUUACAUAUGGUAAUAGUACGACCGCCGGUUAUAAAAAUAGAGCAAUCUUAUCCAUAUAUCCAACAUUAAACAUGACAGUACCUCUAUCCUAUAUAGAUCACUUCAAUAUUACUUUUUCAGUUCCAAUAGUUACGUCUUCUGGAAAUAUUUCAAUUUAUCAAGUAGUCGAUCAAGAUAAAUUUUUAUUACGUCAAACAUACCCCGUAUCUUCUUGCAAAACUUUACUUAGUACGUUUAAUCGAGUUAACAAUAAUUAUACUAUCAUGGCUAAUUAUAAUUUCGUUAAAACACUUUCGUUUAAUGAACCAUUGAAAGGAAUUGAUCAAGGAAUUUGGAAUGUAAAAACACCUCAGACAUAUAAUUCUGCUGUUUCCUCAAAUAAGACUCAAUUACUUAAUGAUAUACUGCAACAAAUAAAACAAAGCAUCCCUUUGAAUGAUGAUAGAUUAAAAAUAACCAAUAACGUCCAAUUAGAUCCUUUGGAUUCUACCAAACUUUCAUUGAAUUUUCUGUUGAUAAGACAAUAA